ACCGCUUAUCUCUCGCGACCUCCGCCGGACGCGCACGCUCGCCGCGCGCCUUACCGCCUCGAAAUCGAACCCGCGCCGCGAUCGCGUUAUGCCGCCCUACGAACAUACUUACAUGUUUGAUUACUUGUAUUUGUUUUGUUUUCGGAGUCUAGGACGCGGACCGGAAAUGCGCUAGUUAUCAAAACUUUAUAAAGUGUAUUUUUUCCAAGAACAGUAAAUAUUUAUGCAAAUUUAUAAACCUAAAUUUAAACUACUGGCACGAUGGUGUCAGAAGGGCCAUUGCCCGUGGUGUGGUGUGUACGGGAUAAUCAACUUGUGCCUCACCAAGUAUCGGGUGUGAAAUUACAAGGAGCCGUUACGGGCGCUCAUAUUGCUGCUGUUACAGACUUUUUGCGUAUGGUGGCCGGGACUCCUAUCAUUUUACCCCAUACAGCGGUACCGGAAGAUGUAGAUAAUAAUAUUAACCAAGAAAAAGAAGAUACUACGCGCAGAAGGAAAAUGUCUAUGCAAGUGGAAGUACCUUGCGUGUUUCUUUCUGAAAGUGCCUUACAAAAGGCAAAGAGUCGCAGUAAUUCUUUAGAAGAAAAGGUAAUACCUUCCGAUAAGAAAGUCACACCUACUACAACAAAAAGAUAUCUGGAACUCGAUAUGAAGUCUUCAUUUUUUAGUUCAUCUUGUAAUAUGCUAGAAUUUAAGGACAUAGAUAGUAAUCAAGAUGGUGAGAAAGAAUGUUUUAAAUCAUCUUAUCAUCUGCGGGAAUCUAAGAAUGAUAAUCAACCCCAAAGAAUAACGAGAAUAAUUGACUUAGACGACUUUAAUACGACUACAAUAGAAACCGAACCUGAAAAAGAAACACAAAGAAUUACAAGAAUUAUUGAAUUUAAGAAUGAUACAUUAAGUUCUCCGGUGUGUACUGAUAUGGACAAUGAAAGUUUACAAAGAAUAACUAGAAUUAUCAGGUUGGAUGAGGACCAUUCUUUCUCCGCAAUAACAAAUCAGGGCGAUAUUGACAAAGAAGGCUCUCAGAGGGUAACUAGAAUUAUUGAAUUAGAAAAAGAUAGCACUUUUCCAAGUAUGGCUAGAAUUAUAGAGAUGGAAAAUGAAAUUUCUAAUGAAAGAAGAAUUUCCUUAACUAAUGAACGUGAAACUGGCGGUGGACCUAUUGAAGAUUGCUGUGAAGAAGUAGUAGUGAGGUCUAGGCCGUCCUUAACUAGAGGUACUCCUAGGUUUAGUGUUGACUCUUCCUGCUCCGAAAACUCUUACGUCAACAUCGAAUGUGUUAAGAGUUUGCCGGAUGUUAAACGAGAAGAUAGUGUUAGUGCAGAUCUAUCGCCAGUUUGCAAACCAGUCCGGUCGAGAUUCCCGAGAAAGAAAACCUCCGUAUGUUCAAUUGGCUCUUCAGACUGCGACGAUGAGGUAGCCGUGAUAUUUAAAUCAAAACCGAAGUCUAGUCAGUGGGUGAGUUUAGACUGGAUUCCUCCGACGCCCAAAGAAGAGCCAGUGAUAUCGCACGACUGUGAUAAAAACGACUUCAUAUCGAAAUGGAUAGCUGAACAAAAUUCGCACGAACCUGGUAUUAUUACUGAUGAAAGGAGAAAAAGUCUUCCACCAAAAUCAAAUGAAAUCUAUCUCCAAAACAUGAGGAGGUUCAGUGAUGGAUUACAGAUGUGUAAAGAAGACGCAGCCAGUGAUUCACCCGCUACCGUUAAGUCUAAAUGGCACGAUAUUGUCAAGCGCCAUCUCCAGGUGCUCAAAAGUGAUAAGGGGUUCAGAAGACAACGCGGCAGCUGGAUGCGAACCGCGAGGCGGUUGUCGUCUACACCUGUUAAUCACAAGGAAUCAAUUCCAGCCGACACAUACAUGAAGCUUAAUGCUAUGUCAUGGUACUUUCGUAAAAUAAAAAGGAUUGAAGCGGAAAAGAAGCUCCUUUUGCCAGAAAACGAGCACGGCGCUUUCCUUAUUCGAGACUCGGAGAGCCGGCACAAUGACUUUUCGCUAUCAGUGAGAGACGGCGACACGGUGAAACACUACCGCAUCAGGCAGCUCGACGAGGGAGGGUUCUUCAUUGCGCGCCGGACCACCUUCCGCACCCUCCAGGAGCUGGUCGAGCACUAUAGCAAGGAUGCCGACGGGCUCUGCGUGUCGCUCAAUAAGCCUUGUGUACAGGUUGAAAAACCAGUAACGGAGGGACUUUCUCACCGAACACGCGACCAAUGGGAGAUCGACCGUUCAUCCCUCAAGUUCGUCCGGAAGCUCGGCCACGGCCAGUUCGGCGAAGUGUGGGAGGGCCUCUGGAACAACACCACUCCUGUCGCCAUCAAGACCCUCAAGUCCGGGACCAUGGACCCCAAGGACUUCCUCGCGGAGGCGCAGAUCAUGAAGAAGCUGCGUCAUAGCAAACUCAUUCAGCUCUAUGCCGUGUGCACGCUGGAGGAACCCAUUUAUAUCAUCACCGAGUUAAUGAAGAAUGGAUCUCUACUCGACUACCUUCAAGGCAAAGGUCGCGGUUUGAAGCUGCAACAGCUAAUCGACAUGGCGGCGCAGAUAGCGGCCGGCAUGGCGUACCUCGAGUCCCAGAACUACAUCCACAGAGAUCUCGCCGCCAGAAACGUGCUCGUCGCAGACGCCAACAUCGUCAAGAUCGCCGAUUUCGGGCUCGCCAGGCUAAUCAAGGAGGAUGAGUACGAGGCGCGUGUAGGCGCCCGGUUCCCGAUCAAGUGGACCGCGCCGGAGGCGGCCAACUACAGCAAGUUCUCCAUCAAGUCCGACGUGUGGUCCUUCGGCAUCCUCCUAACCGAGCUCGUCACCUACGGCCGAAUACCCUACCCUGGCAUGACAAACGCCGAAGUCCUGCACCAAGUGGAGCACGGCUACCGCAUGCCGUGCCCGCAGAACUGCCCCGCGCCGCUGUACGAGAUCAUGCUGGAGUGCUGGCACAAAGACCCGCUUAAGCGGCCCACCUUCGAGACGCUGCAGUGGAAGCUCGAGGACUUCUUCACCAUGGACAACUCCGAGUACAAGGAGGCGUCGGCCUACUGAGCCAGGCCUUCCCUGCCGCCUCACCGACACGCGCACCAGCAUCAUACACCGGGCCUGUACCACAUGCCACCCGAGCUGCAAAUGCUGCACGGUAGCACGUCGCUGCAGCACCUGCAGAUGCACCAGCUGCAGGCGCACCAGGCUAGCCUCGGGCACCUGCAGGCGCAGGCCAGCGCGAUGCAGCAGUUGCCCCCGGUGAUGCAGGGGAUGCCGCUCCCCGGCAUCCCCGGGCUCGCGGGGGGCCUCCCCGGCCUCCCCGCCAAACCGCAGCCCGUGCGCCCGCGCCACCAGGGCUGCCACCACCACGGCGUCCGCCACAACACGCUCGCUACCGCCUACCAUGGACCCUAGCUCGUACGCUCGUCCCGACAUCGACACCACAUGGAACUACGCAACCGAGGACGCCCGGACGACUUAGCUGAUAGACAUGUUGCGAUAAAGCGAUAAACUGAAUACCGCUGAUACGCCACCAUUUUGUACUGCAUUCGAUUGACAAAUGCUCGCUUUAACCACAAAAUGGCCGCCGUGUCGGCAUUAUCUGGUUUAUCUGUCAUUAUGACGCUAGAAUUCUAUUGUCUAUUAGAUUAGUCGUCUGUGCUGUGCUACAGACUUACCACUAUGACUCCUACAGGACGACAAUAAAUAGGCCUAGUGAGAUGUCAUAUACAUAGUUCGGUAGUGAACCUUAUGCCAACGGAAUAGAGUUCACCGGUGAACGUAUGGAGGUGAUAACUGUGACGGACGGUGGCUUUGGUUGAGUUUCAUCGGCGUUGGGAUGUAGGGUUGACGCGGCGCGCCACACCGCCUUAGCAACCGACUCGACCGCCCCAUCUACGUAAGGUUUUUGAUUGUUUUGUAACUGAAAAUCUAGCACACUGCCGCGGCUGAAUGGGAAACGUUUGCUCAAAGUACUUCAUUUAAAACUGUUAAACAUUUUGAACUUAUAUUCUUACGCUGCAGCCGUCCUUUAUUUUCUAUCUACUUAAGUUAAUAUUCAUACCGUUUAUACUACUGCGGCAGUGUUCUGGAAAAAAAAUUAUGCAGCAUAGCCGAAAUGUCAAACGCUGUUUACUAAAAAUAAUGUUUUCAAUUUGAUAAACAACGGAUGUGCGGUUAUGUUAAAAGGUUCAUUACAAUAAGAAGGGGUAGACAGUACAUAUCUAUACACCUGUCAAUAUAGAUUUAAGUAAAUAUCAUAACGCCGGGUCCAAAUUUUAUGAGGAUCUGCUACAAUGCUUACCUUACAUCGUUUCUCGCCUUAGCGUAUUUUGACAGAUGUAUAGACUAACAACGCAGCGACUGCGGUCGCGCAGACCCGUUCCGACAAAUAUACAGGUUGUUAUAGCACGAUUAGUCUCGAACGAUCGAGAUAAUGGACGAAAUGUUUUCAAUGCACGGACGAGGUUUGAAUGAGACGAGAUUUUAUUUUUGCAAGGUGAAGCGAGUUCGAGAAUGGGUUUGCAAUUAAAUAAAACGCCGACGUAGAAACUUAAUUACUCUUGGAUCGGUAAUAAGUUUAGUUAGACUUUUUACGAUUUUUCCUAAAUAUAUUUAUAUUUAGCUUACAUAGGUUAACUUAAAACAGUUUUCAGAGUUUCGAGUACACCUCAUAAGUAGUACGUUUUAUAUGGUUAGGCUGAUAAUGUUUCAAAAUAAUCAUUUAAUUUUGAUUACGUUCAUUCAUACAAUUAGGGCUUUUUAGCAUUUCUUUGAAAGUUUCAUACCAUUUUUCGUGAGCGCCCCUACCUUGUAAGUACCUACCAAUGUACCCUAUUAAGGCUAUUAACAUCUUCACUUGCAAGUGAAUAAAAAACUACUGCUUCUCGUGAGUAUUCAACUCACUGUGAAUUCAGUGCAUUCCCGGCUUUAAGACAUUUAACGGUUGUUGAUUAGUUUGAAUGGAGUUUAGAAAGAGGCUAUUUCGUCUGUAAAUAACUACAAAUCGGUUUCGUCUUCGCAUUAUAUUGGAGUGAGUGGCUAGAUCGGGCGUGUGUGCGUGCGUCCGGAGCGAGUACGUGUAUCAACAUCGCGUGUGUGUGUGUUAGGAGGAAAUUUAGGCUCGGCAGGGAUAUAAUAAAUUAUCAUGCGUGAAGCAUGUCUUUUGUAAGGAUUUAUGUUUUGAUGAGGCGCAUUAACCAAUUAGGUAUUUCACCUUCGUAUACCAUGUUUAAAGUAGUAUCGAUAUUGGUGAUAGAUGCCAAAUAAUCCUAUUAAAGAACUGAAUUUUAUAUACAUAUUAAUUGUUCUGAGGGUAUUUAGAUAUUAGGAUCUAAUUUAUGUAAUUUAAAUGCGAUAAGCCUGUUUAAAACACGAUUGAUUGAAAUUGUAACGCGUCAUAUUAUGAUUUUGAAAUGAAACUGUCGCAAUAUACAAAAUGCUAUAUCGGUAACUGAAGUAUACUUCCCUUAAAAUAUAAUAGAUUGGUUGAUCAUGCUCAACGAUAUAAGAACGUCUGAUUUUUAUUAUAAUAUUGUAUCAUAAUAUGAAUCCAAAACUGAUAUUUUAUUUGUGCCAAGACUUAUGUUAAGUUUAGUGUUGCCGUUGCCACGUAUGUCGAUCGACUAUUUUUAUUUGUAUUCAGCUACUUACUUUAUUAUGAGUAAGAUGAUUGGCCUAAGUAAAUAAGUAUUUUUGAAUGUGUAGGUUUUGUAUCCUAACUUAUAUAGUUGUAACUUACAAUAUAGGUAUGUAUACUACGUAUAUAAUAUCAACGAAGAUCGACAACAUCAGGCAAAAAUUCUCAUUAGUUGGUACUGCACAUUUUGUUAAAUGUUACAGUUAAAGUGUGCAAUAUUUAUGUUGAAUCCAGGUGCUUAGUGUAAAUGUGUGUAGCGACGCUACUCAUUUGCGACGAACCGUGACAUCCUCAGAACAUUUAACAGACGCGUAGUUGUUUAUGAAAGCUUCAAUUGAAAUUUAACGAUAAUUCCAAUCCUAAUAUCACCUAAACAGUGCAACUUUCUGUACCUACACCAUUCUUUCUUAUCUCAUUGUUAAAAUAUCCUCCAAAAUUUAGUUGUAGAUAAGGAUAUCUCAUAUGAUUCAGUACUAUUUAUAUGAUAUUAGUAUGUUGGUAUUAAACAGUGUACUGACCCGACCAUUCCAAUUGGAUCGCAAUAGUUAAUGGUGACAAAAUAGUGAGGUAAUGGAGAUAUAUCGCGGUAAAAAUAAUGCAACUGUCGCACAAAUAACUUUUAAUAUUUACCUAAACAAUAAGGUGCCUGCAUUUUAACGUCACAAAAUAUUCUAAUUCAUAAUGCACUGUGGAUAAAGCACUUGUGAAUAGAUACGAAAAUUGUUUUAAAUUGAUCAGUGUUCAAGGCAUCUGGUUAUAAAAGUAGUGCUAUAUCGAAAUGUUUCUAUUGUUUUGCCGUUUGUUAACUAUAGGAUUCGACACGACCCCUGAUUUAUUUCCAUAAUUUAUUUUUAUACUCGUAAAGUUCAUUUUAUAGCUGUAUAAAUAUGCUUUAGGCUUAACGCUUUACCGCAAUCAAUUUGUCUGUCUUAUAGGCAAUAUAAUUUAUAAAUUGUAUUUGUAUUGUAUUAUUAGUUAGUCAAUUUUUAAGUACUAUUAAUUUCUUAUACAAUGGCGCCAUCACAAUUAUUACAGAGAAGAUCAAUAAGAUUCGUAGGCUAAGCUAUGUGAGGAUUGCGUGUUAGACUUGUUUAUUAGACUAUUAUAUAACUGUUGCAGUGUUUAAGACGAGGUGUUUGUACGAGGCCUCGACCCGCGGCGGCCUGUACCUGUACCUGUAUAGUGUAUAGACGCGUUGGUGACUAAAGUGAAGUCAUGAAAUUCGUGCGACUGAUGUUAGUUGAUACUGUUUGACACGUGAACUAAGGUCUUAUUACCUCCGAGUAUCAAUUAAAUAUUUUAAGUUUAUCUUAUGUAUGGUUAUGAUUAUUGUAUUAUUUCACUUAUUUGUAUAGAUUUUUUUAACACAACAAUAAAUAUAAAUGUGGAAAA